AUGUCUGCGUUUCGAGCGAAAACUGACAAACAGGGCAGUAAAACCGCAUCGCGAGUCUCAUCUGCGGUCAAACCGAAUUUGCGAGCGUUGAACGAUCAAAACUAUAACAACGGCGAUAACACCGGGACUUUCGUGUUCAACACCGCGGCAAAAGAGCGAUCGAAGAUUGCAGCUUUGAGCAAGUCGUUGUACGAACCGGAGGAUGGCAACGGCGAGAAUUACUCGGCGCUCAUCGAGAAGUUACUCACGUGGAGACCGACGUCUGACAAAGGUUCCCCGGAGUACAUGAAAGAGUUGUUAGGGCACGUUCAAUCGCAGAAGAAAACGUUGAAGGCUUUGGUAAAGUUGAGAGAACAAUUCGUCGUUGGCGCUGGAAGGAUCGAGCGAGACUUGCUCAGAGCAGCGCGCAACGCGGAGAACAACACCGGCUCGAUCCCACACACGCAACAAGAGUUGGCUGAAAUCCACGCCGAGCGAGAAAAGUUGACGAAAAUGCAGAGAGAGUCGCAAGAGCAUCUGCUCAAAGUGCAAGAGGCGGAAGAGAAGCUGUCGAAAGCUACGGAAGACUUGGAACAAGAGCGCGCGCGAAUUCGCGAAGAAGAGCACAGCGCGGUGAUGGCAGCCUUGAACAAAAAGAUUGCCAUCGCGGAAUCGAAAGUCGAUGAAGCCAUGAGAGCAGAGCAGAAGUUGCAAGAAGAGACGCACAAGUACGAGCAGUUGAAGUCUAUGGAGGAUUUAGGCGUCGCUGAAGCUUCGCAGAAUGUGAAGAAGGCUUUGGAUGAAGCGAGUCAAGCGAGAGCGGAGACGCAAGAAGCGAAGCACAAUCUGUUCGAGUUGAAAGAAGAGCAUGCAAACUUGAAAGGUAGAUACGAAAGUUUGAACGAAAAAUACGCGGCAGAACGAGACUCGUGGGCGCAAGAAAAGCGGGAGAUGGACGCGUCGAGGGAGAAAUUGCAAAUGAUGGUGAACGAUAUGAACUCGACGACUGAUAUGAUGGAGAAAGAGAAGAAUGCUUUGUUGGCGGAGAAGGAAGCGUUGGAGCAGAGUUUACAAAGCGAGAUUGACAAGAUCAUGGCUGAAGCGGCGAAAGAGAAAGAGCUGGCCGUGGAAAAUUUGGAACAACAGCUUACGGCAGAAGCGAGGGAGACGUUGGAAAACGAGAAGGCGGCGUGGCAGUUGCAAAUGGAGGAGAAGCUCAAGGAGCAGAUUGGUGAAUCCAAGGAUGGUUUUAAUCAGCGAUUUGAAGAUUUGAAUCAACGCUUAGCCGAGCAAAAGGAGAAGCACGAUCUUAUUUGCAAAUCUAUGCUCAAAGAAGCUGAAGCGACGAGAGCGCAAUUGACCGCCGAGCACCAGGCGGCGUUGAAGCAAGCCACGCACGAGGCUGAGUUGGAAAUUGCAGCGACAAAAACGGCGCUCGCACACGCCGAGAAGAACAACGAGCAGCUCCAGAACGAAGUCAACAGAGCUCGCGACGCUUUGUCGAUGGAUCAAUCGGAGAGAUCCUCGGUGAAGGAUAUUGCCUCGAUGUUGUCGGAACACGCGGACAAGCUGAGCGAGAAAUAUGCUCGCGAAAAGAAGGAAGCGCUGGUGGAAAAAGAGCGAGAGUUGCAACGAGAACACAAAGCUUCGAUGGAAGUGGCACAGGCGAAUUUUGCGAAGGAGAUGGAAUCCGCGAAGGAGAAUUUGAGGUCUCAAUUGGAGUUGAAGGCGGCGCAGGUGUUAGACUUCAGGUUGGAGGAACAAGCCGCGACGCUUAGAGAGUUAUCCGCCGAAGACAAAAUGGUCACUCUUCAAGAAACUGAAUUGAAACACAAAGAAGACAUUGCGAAGUUACGCGCCGAAUUCGACGCCGAAGCUGGGAAAAGAGUGCGAGAGGCUCUGGAGAGUUCGAAAGGGCGAAGCAAAGACGCGAUGCUCGCCGCGGAGAGAGAGGCAAAGGCACGCUUCGACAAGCAGCUCGAAUCUAAGAUGGAAGCAUUCGAGGCUGAGUUAGAGUCGCAACGAGCCGUGUUAACGAAGGAGUCUUCGAUCGCUUUGGAAAAUUUGAGGCAGCAGUUACUCAGUGAGGCUGAAGCAGAGCGCGACGCCUUGGAAGCGCAACUUCGAGCGGAGGCGCAGACUUUCAUGGAGAGAUCGAAACAACAAACUUUGCGUACGCACCGUGCCGAAAUGGAAAAGCUCGCCGCCGAAUUGGAGAGAAAAGCCGGGGAAGCGAGAGAGACAGCUGUCAGCGAAGCGGUCGAGAACUUGCGCGCAGAGAUGGAGGAUGAGAAGCAAGCGAUUAUCGAGGCGACGUUGGCUGAAAUGUCCGCAAAGUCUCAAGCCCAGUUAGCGUCUGAAAAGGCAAAGAUCCAAGCGGGUGCGGUUGCUCAAAACUCAGCGCAAAUCAACGAGUUGAAAGAAGCACUCGAAAACGAGCGCCUCAAGAUUGUUGCUCUGGAAGCGGCCGCCGCCGCCGCCGGGAGCAUGGCGAGUGCGGUUCCCGCCGCGACUUCCGAGGAGUUGGAAACUGCAAAGGCCAACUGGAAAAAGUACGAAGCCAAAGCAAAUUUACUCGAAAAUACGAUCGCCCAAUCCGUUCAGUCUGCCAUGCACUCUAAGGAAGAGAUGUUUAUUCGUGAGAAAGCUGAUGCGAUUACCAAGUUGACGGUUGAAUACGAGAUGAAGAUUAAGCGCGCGGUGGAUGAAGAGCGCGAACGCCUUCACUCAAAGAACGCGAUUGAUCCAUCUGUGAACUCACAAGCAGAGCUGAAUUUGCGCGAAGAGUUGUUGCGAGUCCAAGAGGAAAAGAACGCCGCAUUGAGAAAGGAGAAGGAAGUCGCAAGACAGCUCGAGGAAUCCAAGGCGACGGUGGAGUCCUUGAAGUCGAGAACAUCUCAGUCAGAUCAAAAGAGCCAAACGUUGUUGGAUCUCACGAACCAAGCCGAAAGAGCGAAAGCGGAAGCAAACGCGACGUUGAAACGCGCGCAGAAGAUUGAAGAAGAAGCCAUGAGAAACGCAGACAGGUUGCAAGAGAUGGAGCAACAGUUACUCGAGGCUGAAGAAAUUCGACGCGCGAUGCACAACCAGAUUCAAGAAUUACGUGGAAACGUCCGGGUAUUCGCGCGCAUGCGUCCCCCGUUCGUUGGUGAAGAAGAUUACUGCUCGGUCGAUGCUUUGGACAAAGAUUCAAUCGCCGUUACGGUUCCAGAACUUGAACCGAGAGUAUUUAAUUUCGAUCGCGUGUUUGACGCCGCCGCCUCGCAAACGGAAGUUUUCGAGGAAGUCGAGUCUAUGAUUACGUCGGCGAUGGAUGGUUACAAAGUGUGCUUGUUCUCUUACGGCCAAACCGGAAGUGGGAAAACGCACACUAUGUUAGGUUCCGGAGACGGCGAAGAUCGUGGUAUAAUUCCUCGAGCGGUGAGUGCCAUUCUCGAGCGCAAGGAAAAGUUGCUCGAGAAAGGAUACGAGUACGAAAUCGAAGCAUCAUACGUAGAAAUCUACAACGACCAAAUUCGAGAUUUAUUAGCUGGGCCGAACGCAAAGCACUCCGAGCGACAUAACAUCGUCACUGCUCCGGAAGGUGGAUGUCCAACCGUCGCGGGCGUCGUGAGAGAAUACAUCGAUUCCGUUUCAGCCGCGGCAGCUCUCGUCCGAAAGGCAACUGCUGCGCGCGCCGUUGAAGCGACAGAGAUGAACACGCACUCUUCGCGAUCGCACACGUUGUUCUUAGUAUACAUUACUGGCGUUCACAUUGCUACAGGAACGCAACUUUCUGGAUGUUUGAAUCUCGUCGACUUGGCCGGGUCAGAGCGCACGAAGCGUUCGGGCGCCCAAGGCACGCGAAUGUCAGAAGCGUGCGCGAUAAAUAAGUCACUCUCUUGUUUAGGGGACGUCUUUGCGUCCAUCGCGAGAGGUGAUAAGCACGUGCCGUAUAGAAAUUCGAAGUUGACGUAUCUUUUAGCACCAUGUUUGGGAGGCGACGGUAAGACGCUCAUGUUUGUAAACGUAGCUCCGGAGGAGGAAUCCGCGGAAGAAACCGUGGCGUCUCUGCGAUUCGCAUCCACGGUAAAUGCUGUAGAAUUAGGCCACGGUAAACGGGCAAAACGAAACGUCACUUCCAUGUGGCCAUCGUUUGGUAACUCGCAAUUGAGCAAGGAACCGCCCUCUACCAGUCAGCAACGAAGACUGAGCAGCAGAAAUCUACCGCCGCCGUCGACUGCGGCGCGAAGACAAAGUAGUGGUAGAUUAGGAUCGUACGGUGGACAACAAACGGGACAAAAGAGAGGUCGCUCUGCCGCAGAAGAGAAUACGACUUCGUAUGUAGGAGGGCCUUCGAAGACACCUCGACGAACUCGAGGCGGUCGGCGUUGGGAAUAA